AUGGCUUUUCCGAGCCUUCGCGCGGGAAUCUCGCUCGUCGUGCUCCUCGUCACGAUAACGAGCAGCCACGUGGCAGCGAGCUCGCACCUGAGCGAGUUUGUGAAAACGACCAUCAAGUCCAAGCCUAUAGUCAUCUUUUCCAAGUCGUACUGCCCGUACUGCCGGCGCGCCAAGGCGGUGUUUCAGCAGCUGAACGUGCACCCGCACGUGGUCGAGCUCGACCAGCGCGACGACGGGCAGGACAUUCAGGACGUGCUCAUGGACCUCGUCGGCCGCCGCACCGUGCCGCAGGUGUUUGUGGGCGGGGAGCACAUUGGCGGGGCGGACGACACGGCGGACAGCUUCGCGGAGGGCACGCUGCGCAUGAAGGUGCACGCCGCCAUCAACACCCACUCCGACCUCUGA